GGGCACCGGCUGCUCACGGCCUCCGUGCCGGCCGGAGCGAAAACCGCGACGCACAGGCUCUCAGAACCCACGGUCGGCCCGGCGCCGCGGAGCGGAAUUAAAAGCAUGCGGGUAGAGUUCCUGCCCGAGUACGAAACAGGGAGCGCCGGGCACUGGACGCAUGCGCGUAGCAGCCUGCGGGCCUCAUUCUGCGCAGGCGCGGGGGCGUCCCUUAGCACCUCUGAAGCAUCUGGUCCCUCCCGCGUCUGAGAUUGUCAAGCCGCGCCAGACCCGAGUCUCGCGGUCUGAGCGCCUCCCGGGUGACACAGGCAGAGUGGCCGAGGCCGUGGAGCAGACCCACCGGGAGCCAGAUGAGCAGAGAGGUCUGCGUGCACACCUGGCCGUGCUCCUACUACUUAGAGCUGGACAAGCGAUGGGUCCCUGGAAAGCUUUCCUUAACCUCCUGCUCCCUGAAGUUUGCGGCUGAUGAGGCCCAGGAGACGCUGGUGAGUUUCCCGCUGUCUGGCAUCACUGCGAUCAAGAAGGAGGCUUCUCACUUCGUCUUCAGCUCCAUCACCGUCCUGGAGAAGGACAACCGCAAGCACUGGUUCAGCUCCCUGCAGCCCAGUCGCAAUGCCGCAUUCAGUGUCAUCGAGCAUUUCUGGAGAGAGCUGCUGCUCUCCCAGCCGGAAGCACCGCUUCCUGCGACCAAGGGGAAGGAGCUGACUGGCCUCAUGGCCUGUUCCCAGAAGCGCCUGGAGGACACGGCCAGAGUCCUCCACCAUCAGGGCGAGCAGCUGGACAGCAUCACCAGGGGCCUGGACAAGAUGGAAUCCGACCUGGACGUGGCUGACAGCAGCCUGUUGCUUCAUGGGCACGCUGACCUCUGUGUCUUGGGGUUUUCUGGAGAGCCAUGUGCGGAAAGGACUUGGGUGUGUGUCCCAGCACAGGAGAGGAGUUUGCUCCCCUCCCCUGCUCCCAGCUCACCUCCCGCCCUUCAGCUGAACCACAUGCGAGCUGGCCAGGCUCCCUGUCGCCAGCUCCCUCCUGACACACAGCUUGGACCUUCUGCUUGUGGGGUGAGGUUGCUGACAGAGCUGGAGUCCCCUUCCUGGUGGCCCUUUAGCUCCAAGCUUUGGAAGAUGCCAUCAGAAACAAAGCUUAAGGGAGACACUUCAACGGCUAGUCCCAAAGCUCUUGGGAAGGAAGGGGUAGUGGUCAGAAUUCCUGCUGUUGUCUCCCAGAGAACAGCAUCCCAUGUCAAACCAGGGAGUCUCACCGUCCUAGUGUCUGGACUGGAAAUCCAUGAUUCGAGUUCUGCGCUCAUGCACAGGUUCGAAAGAGAAGACGUGGAUGACAUUAAGGUUCACACGCCCUAUGAGAUCAGCAUCCGCCAGCGGUUCAUUGGGAAGCCUGACAUAGCCUAUCACUUGAUAUCUGCCAGGAUGCCAGAGGCCAUCCCCGUUUUGGAGGUGCAGUUCAGCAAAAAGAUGGAGGUGUUAGGAGACGCCCUGACACCCAGCAGCACCAAAACCUCCUCCCCAGCAGAGAAGGGCUGCUCCAUGUGGCACACAGCGUCUGGGCUGAUGGACCGGGCCGUGCACCACGAGCCCUGCCCAGGCAGCCAGGACGGCCAGCCACUCCAGCUGCAGACGACCCAGCCGUUCAUUUCCGAGGGGGACGCCCAGGAACUGAGACAGAUCCUGAGGAAACUCAAGGGUCUUGCCCUGGACACCGAGGCAGAGCUGGAGAGGCAGGACGAGGCCCUGGAUGACAUCACCGCCGCCGUGGACCGGACCACCCUAACCAUCGACAAGCACAAUCGGAGGGCAAAGAAACUGACUUAGAGGGACAAGAAAGCAUGACAGUCACUUCCCUGAGUGCUUUGUUCUCAACACCUGCACGCUUCCUUGACCAGAAAGCCCGGAAAGUUGGGUCCAGGGCUAGGCGGUACCUGGACACCUUGCCCUGGGAGGUGCAGGCCUGCCUGGGCUGUAGGGGCCUGGCUCCCUGUGUACUGUGAUGCUGACCAUGGCCCCCAGUGGGGAGGAGAAGCUCCAGGAGGCCUGCACCCCCAUGGUGGCCCCAGCUCCUCUUGCUCCCACCUGUCCUGGGCCCUGAUUCCCUGCUCCCUACCCUUACUCCCCUCACUCCACCCCCAACUCUCCCCCUUCUCCCCCCUCUCCUGCCCCCACUGCCCCCUGCUCCCCCCCCCACUCCACUCCCUGCCCUCCCUCCCCAUUCCUCCUCCCUGCAGGGCUCCCCCCACCCACUCCCCCCUCCUUGCAGGCCACUCCCCUUUCAUACUUGAGCCCCUUGGAGCCUGGACAGCAACUGGAAGCUGACCCCAGUGCUCAAGGCUGCUUUGCAUGGCCAGCAGCACAGCUAGCGGAGUCUUCAUUGUUUCUCUGUCCUUGCUUGGUGCAAAAGGGCAAUUUAAGUCUCUGGUAAAGAAGUAUGCUGAUUUUUGACUCUGCCCCCCUAACUCUGUGUGCUAUGUGAGCAGAGCCCCUUCUGCAGGACCACAUUCAGGCCCGAGACCCCCCCCCCCUCUCUGGGCCACUGUGCGUGGGCCCCAGUGCCCUCAGUCUGUCCUUCUCUAGGGACAGGCCAGUUCCUUCCUGGUUGUGCUGUGAUUUUCUACCCGAAGUCUAGUACAUCUGGAGGUCAUCCUAUAAACACCUGAAAUGUUCUUCCCCUGCCCAGUUUUUAGCCAAGUGUGAAAAUAAUACAUAUUACACCUAUUUUAAAAAGUGUCGAUUUUUUCUUUAGGUGCCCCAUUUCUGCCCAGAAAUAGAAGAGAUACCGUAGUUUUAGAAUGUAUUUUGAAGAUACAUGUUGAUGCUGCUUUCUGCUUGGUAUCCCAGUGGGAGGGCCCCUCAGGACAGGAUGGGGGCAGAGUGCGGAAGUGGGUGAGCCCUUCUCUCACAGGCCGGGCCACCUGCAGACUGCUUUGGAAUAGGCUCUCCUGUGGCUGUCCUCUGACUGUGCAGGUAUAGUGCUAAUUUUCUGGGGCUGCUAAUGAAGUACAAGUGGGGGGCCUAGGACAGCAGGCUUUGUUCUCUCCCAGGUCUGGAGGCCAGGAGACUGAGGUCAAGGUGUCACAGGGCCAUGCUUCCUCUGAAGGCUCCAGGAGGAUCUCUCCUGACUGCCAGAGCCUCAGGAGUUCUGGGCUCAUGGCCGUGUCUCCCCAGUUUCUGCCUCCAUCACCAAAUGGCUGACUGAAAUUCCCCCUCCCUUGUCUCAUAAGGACACCUGUCACUGACUCAGGGCCCGCCCUGAUCCAGGGCUAGCUUUUGCAUAAUGUGGCCAUUUCUGCUAAUGUCGCAUUCCAGUUCAGUGUGGAUGUGAAUUUGGGGUCACCUAGGAGUGCGCAAAUUUCUGGAAGCUGGCUUGUUCAAGAAGACACAGGAAGUAGCACGUCUAGAAAAUAACCUUCAUGGGUAUCUUCUGGUUCUUGUUACUUUGGUGAGAUAUAGUCCUCAUCUCUGUCUAUUUUAUUUGGCCUGUCCCUACCAACCUCCAGAAUGACAAGUGGGCCUGUGCUUUCAGGGCCCCCAGUCUGAUGCUGGCAUGUGAGCGAGUGCCCCAGCACUUUUCUGGCACCGUGAGAUUGGAGCUCUCAGCCCCCAGAAGCUCCUUCUUCUCAGGCUCAGUGCUGGGGAGGACAGGGAGGGCACAGCAGAUGUGUACGUGUGUUAACAGGACAGUUAUUGAGAGCUUCUGCUGUGCCCAGAUGCAGUGGCGGGAUCGUGUCCUGUGGAGCUUGGAGUGAGGCGGGAGGACGCAGUUCGUGCCCUGGGCCCUGGGCACGUGCAGGUAGGCAGGCUGCCCUAACUCCAGAAGCUGCAGUUCCUGCAACAGCCCAUGAGGAACGAGGUUCCUAGAGGUGGAGCAUGUGGUUCUCUGUGACAGCUGAACUCCAGACUCACACCAGGGACUCAGAGUGCACACACGUGUGCAUACACACAUGGACUUGCAUGUGCACACACACAUACAUGCUGACCCCAGGCUCCUCAAAACUCCGUGGGUAUCUGUGCGUCUCACAUCAGCCGUCAGAGGAAGAGCCACAGGCCAGGUGACUUCUGCCAUCAAGAGCCCUGAAGUCGGAAGGAAAGCAAACCUGUCCCACCCUUGGCCUGCUAGGGCGGUCCUGCCAGCAUCCGCUCAUGCUGGAGAUAGCCACUGCCCUUCAUCUCCUGGCGGCUGGGCUGCACAGACUUCUGCAACUGACAGUACUCAAAGCAGGGCCAGGACUCCCGGUGAGUUCUCCAGAACUAGCCUCUCCUUUUCCAGCACCUGGGGAUGCUUGAGACCCCAAGCACCAGCAAGGUAUGUGGCACUGAAGACACUGGAGUGUUAGGGCAUUAUCUCUGGGCCAUUGUCUCCCAUGAAUACAUAAAUUGAUGGAGACAACAGUUCUCUGCAGAAUUAGACUGUUAAAAAAAAAAAAAAGGUACAUCAGGAUCAUUUUAUGCUACUUAUUAACCUUGACUCCAGAAUUAACUUUUUCAUCUUACACACUUCCAGUAGCAAAACUCCAUUGCCAAAUCAGGCUGGAACCUAAGCACAGACACCUAAGCACUGGACUCCAAGGCACAGGCCAACCCUAACUAUGAAGGGCAACCUAAAAGGCCAGCCCUUUUCAAAAAUCCCUAUGAAACCAGGCAGUAAUUCCAACACCAGUUAUUCCUAAUCCCAGGUGCUCUAAUUCCACCCCCACUGCUCCCACCCCUGGUGCCCUGACUCCACCCCCACAGCUCCCCUCCCCACGUGCCCUGACUCUACUCCCCACCCCUCCCCUCCCCUGGUGCCCUAACUCCACCCCCACGCUCCCCUCCCCAGGUGCCCUAACUCCACCCCUACCGCUCCCCUCCCCAGGUGCUCUGACUCUAAUCCCAACCUCUCCCCUCCCCAGGUGCUCUAACUCCACCCCCACUGCUCCCACCCCAGAUGCCCUGACUCUACUCCCCACUUCUCCCCUCCCCUGGUGCCCUGACUCCACCCCCACAGCUCCCCUCCCCAGGUGCUCCAACUCCACCCCCACCGCUCCCCUCCCCAGGUGCUCUGACUCCACCCCCACUGCUCCCAUCCCCUGGUGCCCUAACUCCAGCCCCCACUGCUCCCUAGUCUGGGUGGACUGGCCAUGCCCCACUUUUUGGACUCAGGACAUAACUGGGACUGGACACUGAGUUGCUUCUGGAAGCUGGACCAGGGGAAGCAGGUGAAUAGUCAGGUGGUGAUCUCUCUGGCCAUCUUCAGGCAGCUCAGGUGUUGGUGUGAUGGCUGGAGCCCAGUUCUUUGCAUCAGGUGAGGAGAUGCUCUGGAGGGUGUCAUGAGGACCCCACUGACGGCUUAGCAGUGGCAGCAGGCUGUUGGCAAUGGGGCCUGUGGUGUCCACCCUAUUUUCUGCUUUCCUGAUGUGGGCCUUGACCCCUGACACUGACGUUCGGUCCAUUUGUGGGGUUGAGGUCACCCAUGUGCUUUAUUUCUGCACCAAAAUAUUAGUGUUUGCCCUUUAACUGACGAUUGGGGCUGGACUAUGUUGGUUUGUUGUCACCCUGGGAGGUGUUUGCACUUCCUAAAACACAAAAUGCUCUGAGUCCAGUUUUACUCCAUAUAAAGGUGGGCAAAACGCAAGACCCUUGCAGCUAUGGCACCAACUUCACGCUGACAUGAAACUGCUUUCACAUCUCAUCAAAAACAAUUGACUCUGAAACAAAACAACCCUGAGUUAAUUGGUCUGUUUCAGGCACAGGUGGGUUUUGUAUAAAAGGCCCAGAAGUAACUACUUCAUCUUGAGCCAUGUGACGCAUAUCACAAUGUCCGGGCUGUGCUACUUACAAGAGAGCGUCCAGGACUUGUGAGCAAAUGGGCUUGAUGUGUUCAGAUAAAACUGUGACAUUACAGUGUCAUUUAUUUCACGUGUCA